AUGGUUAAACGAAAGCGCGGCGAUGACGACUCCUCCCUCAAUGUCUCUGCUGUGUUUUUCAAGCAUCGCGACGAGGUCUUCCGCGCCAUCAAGAACGCCAAAGGCCGCGAGCGCCAGCGACAGAGCAAACGGUUGAAGGAUGCGAAGUCGACCCCGGAUAAGAAGGCGAGGAUAGAGAAGGAGAUUGUUGUUCUUAACGUGGGUUUUGAUAGAUAUUCUUGUGAGAGGCGAUACAUGAUACUGAUGCAAGUACAGUCCCUGGACCUUCACCAAACCGCCCAUGCCCACCUUUGCUCGUCCCUCCUCCGAGUCAAGAGUAUCGCCGAACAUGAGAAGCUACCAAACGAGAUCAAAAGCGGUGUACCGAAACCUGAGCUCACCGAGGAGGAAAGAGCGGCGUUGCACAAUGUCACCAGUGCGCUGUACAGUCAUGCGGGCGUGAAAGAGGCGGUGGCUAAGGCGCUGGAAGAUGUCUGCAAGGCGCUGGGUGUUUCCGUUCCGGAGAAGAAGGGCAGGGGGAAGAAGGAGAGGCUUGAAGAGAAGGAGGGAGUAAAAGAAACGUCAGAGCCGAAGAAGGCGAAGAGCGACAAGAAGGAAAAGAAAGAGAAGGAUACCAAACAGGACAAGGUCAAGGACCUCCCAGUAGCAGAUGACAGCGAGGAAGAGGACGAGGACAUCAACUACGGAGAAGAUGUAGACGAAACUGUCGUCUCCCGCAUGGCCGACCUCCUCGGCUCAAGCUCAGAAGACGAAGACGACGAAGGAGAGAAGAUGAAGCUCGCAAAACGCCAAACCAAAACAAAGAAAGCACUACCAAAAGAGCUGGAUCCAAUGGAAAUCACGUCCGACGAAGAAGGUGGCGACGAGGCAGAUUCCGACGACGAUUCCGAUGACGACCUCGACCCGAUGCAAAUAACCGACGAUGAGGCCGACGAAGAAAACGACAAUGAAGAAAGCGAGGACGAAUUUGGCGGCUUCAGUGAUUCCAACCAAAGCUCAGCCAGUGACAGCGACAGCGAAGAAGAAAAGGAAGAGGAAGACCAACAAAGCGACGCCUCGUCAUCGGCACAGUCUCCGCCGCCAAAGAAGAGCAAAAGAGCCGCCAAGGUCGAAGUGAACGGCUCAACCUUUCUGCCGUCCCUAAUGGGAGGCUACAUUUCGGGCUCGGAAUCAGCCUCGGACGUCGACCUCGCUCCCACCCGCAAGAACCGCCGUGGUCAGCGGGCGAGACAGGCCAUCUGGGAAAAGAAGUUUAAGGAACAGGCCAAGCACCUUAAGAAGCAGCAGGAAAAGCGGGAUUCGGGCUGGGAUCUGAAGAGGGGUGCUGUGGAUGGAGACAACAAGCCGUGGAAGAAGGGUAUCAAGAACCCCUUCAAGGCUACGGGUGCGAACGAUGUGGCUGUCAAGAAGGAGGAGGAGCCGCCGAAGAAGGAUAGGAAGAGAGAUGAUCUUGGCACGUUGCAUCCCAGUUGGGAGGCGAGGAGGUUGGCCAAGGAGAAGGAGAAGCUUACUGCUCCGUUUGAGGGGAAGAAGAUCACUUUUGACUAA